AUGCCACGCUCCUUUUUGGUGAAGCAGCCGAAGGUUCAUGAUUUCUCGUCUUCCAACUACUACCAUGAGGACCAGCAGCAGCAGCAGCAGCAGCACUGGGACGAUUCUUACACUGUGACACAUGCCAUCACUGAGUCGGCCACCAACUUGGCGGUGCGUCUGAGUGAAAACGGCUACAUCCAUGAUUACGUCAUCCCCUCAGUGUUGCAGAGCACAAAGGAGUCGGGUCAUGAGCAGACCGGGCUCUCCUCAGGGCCCCUGUACUCCUCGGGGGGCAGCAGUGGGGAGGAGUUUUCCGACCACGACAUGGAGCAUCCAGACAGCCCCGUCUCCAGCGCCACAGUCGAGUCGGACAGCAGCGGCCCUGAGUUGGAGGCCUGCACCAUCGGCGCCUUCCUCAUUUCCGACGGUCGCUCCCGCCGGAGGCCCAACCAGAGGUGUCCUCGCAAGGGAGGCAGCGACUCGGACGGCAGCGAGGGCAUCGACUCGGCGGACUGCAGCCCCAUCAAAGGGAAAUCCAAAGGGCGCCACAUGUGCAGCGAGUGUGGCAAGUCUUACGCCACAUCCUCCAAUCUGAGCAGGCACAAGCAGACUCACCGCAGCCUGGACAGCCAGCAGGCCAGGAAGUGUCCCACCUGCCACAAGGUGUACGUGUCCAUGCCGGCGCUGGCCAUGCACAUGCUGACCCACGACCUGAAGCACGAGUGCACGGUGUGCGGCAAAGCCUUCAGCCGGCCGUGGCUCCUGCAGGGCCACAUGAGGUCUCACACCGGGGAGAAGCCGUUCGCCUGCGCCCACUGUGGCAAAGCCUUCGCCGACCGCUCCAACCUGCGCGCCCACAUGCAGACGCACUCGGCCUUCAAGCACUACUCCUGCAAACGCUGCCACAAAAGCUUUGCACUCAAGUCCUACCUGAACAAGCACUACGAGUCGGCCUGCUUCAAAGGGCAGCACGCAGAGGAUGACUGCAGCUCUGAGGACUAAAAGGGAAAUACUCAUUUAUUUUUUCUUUCUUUUUUAAAUUAAACACUUUUUAA